AUGGAUGAAAUCAAAAACACCAAAGUUUCCAUCAACGUAUUACCUAUAACUGAUAAUGAUAAACAAAUUGUGAUGAAUUCUGUAAAACAGUAUUUUUUCCGCGACGAACCUUUAUGUGCAAGUUUAGGGUUAAUGGAAGAAAAAGAAUCAGUGAUACAACUUGAAAAUUUUUGCGCUGAUAUAUUACAAAGCGGCGUAUCGUUUAUGGCAGUAUCUGCAGAGACAGGUGAAAUGAUGGGUGCCUCGCUGAAUACCACACUGUGCAGGGAUAACGAAAUUAAAAACACCAGUGACGAGAACAAUGAUAAAAGUUCAAAAUAUAAUGAUAUCAUGGUUUUCUUAGAUAAAUCUGAAAGAGAUAUUGAUGUAUUUGGGCAGUAUCCAAAUAUUGAUCGUAUAAUGGAGUUAAAAAUUAUUACAGUAAAUGAAGCAUAUAGAGGACAAGGGGUUUGCAAAGCCCUUAUCGACAAGUCUAAAGAGUUGGCAUUGGAGUUAGGGUGUCAAAUGAUUUACGUGGAGUGCUCCAGUCAUUUUACUGCAAAAGCUGUUGAAAGAUUUGAAUUUCAAUGUAUAUAUUCGUUGUCUUAUACAGAUUACGUGAACAAGCAAGGUGAUGUGGUGUUCAAGACACAGUCUCCUCAUAAAUAUUUCAAAGUCCAUGUAUUACUUCUCUAA